AUGGCCUCCCUCUCGAGAGGCCUCGGCCUCCGGCUCUCCCUCCUGGCCCCGAGAGCCCCCCUCUGCGCGGCGCAACAACCCCUCCAGCCCUUCUCGCAGCGCCUCUUCAGCUCCCUCAGCCCCCUGCGAUACGCCGCGAAACCCCCCUCGAAGUCCUCCUCCGCCUCCCGCAUAGCGGCAAGCGUGCCUCGCGCCGCAGCCGUCCCGAAACCCCCGACCGCGAAGCCGACCACCGCGCGCCCGACAAAGCCCGCCUCCCCCGCGAUAUCCUCCGCCGGCUCGGCCUACGCCCUGAUAACCCAGCUCGCGCAGCGCAGCCAGCCGACGGUGCUGUACGAGGCCGUGUCGCACUUCUGGAUGAAGUUCUCGGCCUGGACGGCCAUGCUCAUGUUCUACUCGUACGCCGGCAUCAACUACUACACCAUGCUCCUCCACCCGCCCGAGGACAUCGCCGCCUGGGUCCCGCACGCCUUCGCCGUCAUCUGCCUCGCCAUGGCCGGCUUCGGCUCUUACUUCUUCUACAACACCCACAACAUCGUCAAGCUCAUCCGCGCCGUCCCGACGGCCUCCCUCGCGCCCUCGGCCCGCGGCGUGGCCCCCGGCGCCGCGCUCAACCCCAAGACGACGCCCAUCCACCUCGAAAUCACCUGCAAGCGCAUGCUGCCCGGCCGCGCCAAGGUGCUCGUCGUCCCGCCCGAGCGCGUCUCGAUGCCCGGCCGCAUCGUCACGCAGGCGGCGCAGACGUCGUACGUCUCGCCGGCGCAGGAGCGCGCCGCGUCGCGCCAGAAGCAGAUCAAGGCGCGGGCCGAGUGGGAGUACGACAGGAACCACCUCAUGACGGUGCCGUUCCGCCACGCGGGCAAGGGCUUCAAGGCCGCGUGGUACGGCAUCCGCAGGGCCGUGACCAAGGAGGGGUUCAUGAAGAUGGAGGUCGGCGGCCAGAAGCUCAAGCUGGACGUCGCUUCCGGGUGGGCGCUGGACGACGGGCGCGCGAUUGACCGGCUGGUCAAGAUCGGGGCCUGA